UUUACCCACAUUUUAAUUUAAUAUUUGCAUAAAAAAGUUACUACUACUAGAAAUUCAAGUUUGUUUGGUUACCAAACUUUGGUAUAAGAGGAAAGGUCAGUAAUUUGGCCUGAUUUGAUUAAUCAUAUCGUCACCAUGUCGCGAAACAAUACGCCGUCAGUGCUCUCCUCUUUGAACGCGUAUGAUUCCACCGAUUCGGAAGAUGAAGAGCGUGACGAUGGCGAAGUAGGAUCGUCCGACGAGAAGAAUAUUAAGGGGGUUGUCGACAUUCUUCUUAACCCUGUCGUCACUGCGCCACGAUCCUCCUUCCACCAAUACCUCGCACCACCCUUGGUACAGCCCGGAGGGGGGCGAGGAAGCGCUCCCAGCUCGAAGGAACCUUCACCAUCGUCCUCUUCGCUGAAAAAGGUUGGGGGGACACCGACCCUCCUGCUCGGAAGCAGAUAUGCGGAAGAGGACGAAGAUAACUUUGACUUUUGUCCACCCCCGAUGGAAGAAGACGACAUUGUGGAAGAAGAAGAUGAAGAAGAAUCUGCUGCUUCCGGAAGCGAUAAUAAUUUAAACGAUCAAGAUUCUUCUUCCAACAAUGCAGCAGUCUCAUCGUUAAGAGGAAACAAUGAUGAUGAUGACGACGACGGUACGCCAUGCUCACCCAAACGUUCCAAACUUGUCGACACCCUGCUCCCUCCAGCACCCACGACAGAAUGUGAUCCCGCACUACAGGCCAAGUUUAAUAAAAUGAUGGUGCUCAAAAGCAAAGGGAGAAAUGUGAAUGACAUUGUUCAAAAUAUGAAAUCUUUUCGAAAUCCGAGCAUUUACAAUAAAUUGAUUCUUCUCUGUAAUAUUGAUGAGAAUGGGACAAACUUUCCAGACCAGCCCGUCUUUGGGGAGAGUUCUUACUACGAUGAGUUGGACAAGGCGCAAAGGUUGGAGAUGGAACGACGUUUCAAGGAGAAGGAGAGACGAGCGAAGGAAGCGGCGGCGGCUACCGGUGGAGUUAAGGUGGACUUUCUCAGGGGGACAGUGCCAAUACCGCCCCCACGCGUCCUCACCACCAUGCCCACUAUACUUCCCCCAACUCAAAAGAUAAGAGCCUUUGGGAAUUUAGCGUUCAAAAACUGAGAUUUGACUCCCUCACGAGUGCAUUCAUGAAAUACGAAUGAUGGAAUUACAAAAUUUGUGAUAUUUAAAGUUUAAAAACAAAUUGUCGUUAUAUAAUAAUCAAUUAAUUUCAAGUUUGUUGUAAAAUUUAGUGCUAGUUGCAGAUUGGUAAUAAAAUGUCUAUAUACUUUUUUCAUAUUAAAAA